AUGUUCAUGGCUGUACUUCGCAAGCAAGGGUUCUCGCCGGUUCUGGUGGAGUUCUUUGCCUCCUAUCUUGUUGGUCGUUCCACAGUCUACUGCUGGAACACCUUCCAAUCUGACUCGCGGUCUGCGGACGUGGGUGUUGGGCAGGGCUCAGCUCUCUCGCCUGUUAUUUCAGGGCUGUUCAUUGCUCCGGUGAUGAAGCUCUUCUAUGUCAAAGCAGCGCCGCUUAACACGAUGCUACUCUCCUUUGUGGAUGACAGGACCAUCCUGGCCCAAUCCAAACAACUUCAUGAUAAUGAUGUGGGCCUGCGUAAGGCCUACAAGAUUAUCUACCUUCUCUUUGUUGCCUUUGCGCUCGUUCUUGAACAUGAUAAGACCGAGCUGUUUCACUUUUUGCGUCGACGAGACGCCUACAAUCCCUCGCUGGAUUUGGGGUACGCCCCACAUACUGGCGCUACACCUUUGAAGCCCAAGACCUAUUGGAGGUACUUGGGCUUCUACUUUGACCAUGGGCUCACAUUCCAUGAGCACGUCCGCUACUACACCACCAAGGCGUUCACCACCGUGCAGGCCAUGCGCAUGCUCAGGAACUCUACUAGAGGUCUCUCGCCGAAACAGCGCCGCCUCUUAUAUCGGUCGUGUGUGGUUCCUAUUGCCACAUAUGGCUAUCGUCUCUGGUAUUUCGACGGCGCCCAUAAUAAAGGCGCGAUGAACCAGUUAAAACGGAUGCAGCGAAAAGCUGCUCUAUGGAUCACGGGUGCCUUCCGCACCUCCCCCACAGGUGGUCUUGAGGCCCGGGCAGGUCUCAUCCCCACACCCACCCCCUUCGCCGAUCGGUUACUGGACCGCUAUGCAGACGGUCUCCACUUUGACAAGCACGAUCCUGCCCAGGAUAGGCAACCAUAUCUUGACGAGCUCAUCGCGAAAGCGAGGGCCGACCCAUUAACAGUACUGGCUGCAACUGAUGGCUCUGUCCCUCAGUCCAAUCAGUAUCAGGCGGCUUCAGCUGCCAUCAUCUACAAGGGACACCGUGAGCUCGAAAGGACUCGUUAUGUCUCUGGCAGAGUUACUGCCCCGGAUGCGGAGCUCAAUGCCAUCUUGUGCGCAGUGCGCCUUGCUGUCAAGCAGGCAAACUGCCAACAUAUUAUGGUCUUUACUGACUCUAUGGGCUCAGCCCAUAGAGCGGUCGACCCCUCCGUGCACUCUGGUCAGGCUUUUAGCUUGUCGGUUUGUCGUGCUCUCCAAGAGUGGUUUGAGGCGGAUGACCUCCACCGCAUCACCUUUAUCUAUGUUCCCUCUGCUUUGCGGUGGGAUAUCCAUGGUGAGGCACACAAGUACGUCACCGAACUCAAAGUCAGGGUUGGACAUCGCAAGACGGACAAUUCUAUAGACGCGCUACACUCUCGAGCUGCGCACUCAGUCCUGGAUUCGUGGAGCUCCACUUUCCAGGAUCCAACUUACCAAGGCUCUGAGUUCUUAGAGCUUCAACAGCCUGACAGGCGGCCGCUACAGCCAUUGUACCUCAAUGGGGGACCUUGGCUCUCAACAUUCGGACACAGUAUCACUGAGUUCGCUCGUGUUUGCUGGUGUAUAACUGGCCACGCGCCCAUUGGAGUGUAUUACCGUUGCUUCAAGAUCAACGAGCCUCAUGGCUGCACUUGUGGGGCUGCUUUGCAGUCCCAUCAGCAUAUCCUCUUUCACUGUCGCGAUCGCUACUCCAUGCAUUACCCCCGCUUUCUUGGGGAUAUUGCAUCUUUUAUGAAGUACAACCCCACAGCAUUUGGCUUCACCCGGGACCCUUCAGGGGUCAGGUAA